AUGCCGCGCCGGCCUUCCGACUGGGAGCGCGCCGACAGCGCGCCGGGGAAGCCCAACUUCUACCAGCUCGACGACGCGGCCGCCGAGAAGCGGAAUUCGGGCCGCGAGAAUUAUUUUGUGGGCGCGCCGCCGUCGCCGGACGCGACACCGGUAGUGGCCAAAAAGAACAUCUCUGCCGAGCUCGAGAGCGCCUCCGAAACGACGGCGGCGGUCGUCACGUCCAUCACUCCCCCGGGCGCGCCGAUCACACCUGUCCCCGGCCCGCCCGUGGAGACGCCGCAGACGAUGACCAAAUCCACGACGCCCAAGAAGCCCAAGAAGAAAAGCUUGCUCAAGACGCUCUCGUCGCCGGUCAAGGCCCUCGCGAAGAAGGUCUCGCCGCGCAAGAAGGCGCCGCCGCCGCCCGCGCCCGCAGAUACGUCUCCCUGCAGCGACAUCACGGCCGACCGCGGCUCGCCCAUUGCCGAAGUCAGCGUCGAGGAUAUCAAGGCGCUCGCCGACCACGUCGAUGCCGCGCUCCUCCCGUCGGCGGCGUCGAGCAAGCUGCCCGAGUGGUUCGCGAAGCUCCAGGACGCCGUCGCGCUGAACUGCUGCAAAGGCGACGCUUCGGGCGAGCGCGGCGCCGCCCAGUGA